AUGGCUUCAGCUUUGCCGGCCGCGCACAUCAGUCCUGCGAGGAUUGGCCAACCCACUUUCAUGGGCCUUGCGUGGGGAAGCGUGGCCCUUACGGUACUCUUCUUUACCUUCCGUAUCAUAGUCCGAUUGAAGGUCUUUGGCCGAUUGCAUGCAGAUGAUGGCUUGGUUUUUUUUGCUUGGAUUGUUCUCCUGAUCAAUACCAUACUGUGGCAAUUCGGCCAAGACGCUCUUUACGAGAACAUUGCAGUGUCUUCUGGCCAACUUUAUCCACCGCCGCCCGGUUUUGCACACGCAGCGGAACAGUACCUGCGAAGAUCUGUCGCUGUGAUCGUUUUCUUCUAUACCGGUCUCUGGAGUGUCAAGUUCUCCUUUCUAGUCUUCUUCAAACGACUUGGGCAUAAUGUGAGGAAUCAGCGUAUAGUGUGGUGGCUUGUUCUGGCAAUUACUCUCGCCUCGUAUGUGACCUGUCUGGGUACUAUUGAGUAUUCCUGUCUUGCUUCUUCCUUCAUGUAUAUUGAGACCCAUUGUGCGAUGACGUCAGGGCCAGUCAGAUAUCAACGGGAGACACUGCGCAGUAAUAUGAUUCUCGAUGUUGUCACUGACGCUUUAAUCAUCCUCGUUCCCAUCAACUUACUCUGGAAGGUCCAGCUGAGUUUUCGAAAGAAGUUUGCUUUAGGCGGCAUCUUCUGCAUCACAGUUAUUAUCAUGGUUUUUGCUAUCAUACGCGCAAUCGUGGUGAGCUCCUAUAGUCAAGAAUUGGAUGAGACAUGGCUUUAUAUGUGGAGCUCAAUCGAACAAGCAGUCUCGAAUCUACCAUUCGGUCAUCUCGGCACGUUACUGCUGGGCGCACCCUAUCCCACCUUCUUCGCCAAAUUCUGCUUCGACGCCGCCCGCACCGUCGUAAGCCUCACAUCGAGUGAAACCCUUCCAAACUUCACACGCAUCGACUACCAAUUACCCCACGAAGGAGACGCCUGGCCAAACGUCGAGGACCGAUUCCCGAAAUCCCGUCCACCGGCCGUAGAGACAUCGUCAAAGGAAAUCUACAACACGCGAUUUUGGUACGACAGCGCCGGUCCCGUCUUCUACAACCAAGUCAAGCGUCUCCUCGGAACCGACUACCCCUACGUGCUGCCGUACACGGCCGUCGAAUCGAUCUCCCAAUCCAUCAUGGAUGCCGACUUCACCACCGACGCGGAAAAGCAGGCUGUGUCCACGAAAGCGAAGGAUAUCUUCGGCGGGCUUAUUGUUUGGGCGGGCGGGCGAGUCGGAUACUGCUGGAACGGGUGCGGUGGCGAUUUUUUUGAUCUUCGAGUAUAUCUUCUCCGUCCGACCUUCAUCGACUUCUUAUCCGACCUACACAUCUCCGACCUCGACCACCUCCAAGCUUACCCAACGCCCUCCAACCUGCAAAUCUCCCGACCUGGACAGCCCCCAAGAGUACCCAACGGCCUCCAACUGACACAACUUCGAUCUCGGCCGCCUCCGGAAUUUACCCUGCAUCUCCAAAGUACACAUCUUGAACCUCAACCGUCCCCGAGAGUACCCGACGCCUUCAACAAAAGCGACCCCAGAAAAACCACACAAGGCAAGCUUCUCCCCCUUCAAGCGUACCAAAACACAAAGAGCUCAACGCCUCCAGAUGCCCGCCGCGAACCUCUUCAGCUUACCGGCCGAAAUGAUAGCCGAAAUAACAUCCCACCUACCCGUAACCUCCAUCGCAAACAUGCACCUCGCAUGCCACUCCCUCCACGCCAUCACCAAGCCCGCCCCGCCCCUCGACAAACAAGCCUGGCGCCGCUUCCACCAGGACUUCGAAACCACCGCGCGGCGUACGAAAGCGCCCAUCAAACUGGCCUGCACGCGCUGCAUGAAGCUGCUUCCGCCGGCCAGCUUCCAAGACAGCCAGGCGAAACGGAAGUGCGACAGGCUGGAGGGACGGAUGUGCUUCAAGUGCGGGGUCAUGGAAGGGUAUUACAACGUGCGGGACUUUCUGCACAGGAAGGAGGUGUGUUUUUCUUGCUUUGCGUGUCCGGAGCCGAGGAAGGUGGAGGAGGAGGCGGUGUAUACGGACCGCGAGGCGGGAAUGCCGGUGCACGCCGGGGUUGGUCGGGCGGACACGGGGAGCAAAAGGUGGUGCAAGGGAUGUUGGAGGGUGGUGACGAUGUAUGUGAAUGCGAGACUGGUCUGAAAUGGUGGGGGAACUCUCGCUGCGUGGCCCGAUCUGCGUCAUCAAAGCUGCGGAACGGCGUUGAGAUGGCGAUUGAGGCUAUGAGCAAUGGCACAAGAGCGGGUCAACACGAGAUGAGAGACAUUAUAUGGUAG